AUGUUUCUCUCUCAAAGUUUUAAUGUAGAAGUCGAAAAUGAUAAAUUCAAAGUCCCCAAAAUAAACGAUCAAGAAAUUGAGCAAAUCAAAUUGCAGAUUCAGCAUGCCAACGAAUUAAGAAAUAUAUAUGAAAACAAAUACAAAGAAAUUAUUUCUCUCAAACCUACAAUAUAUCAAGCUAAAGAAAGCAAAAAUAAAGAAAGAAUCGCUGAUUUAGGAAAAAAAAUAGAAAAAGUCCGAACUGAAAUUGAAGAGCAAUUUUCUAUUUCUCAAAAAGCCAAAGCGAAAGUGAAUAUUUCAAAAAGGAUGUUAUUCCAGUGCUUGAAAAAACUCUUCAGCUUUAUGAGAUCAACAAGCAAGAGACUGAAGAGCAGGUAA